AGCGCAGUGCGGAGAUUCUCCCAAGGUCACUCAGCGGGGGACCGGAUCUGACCCCAGGUAGCCUUACUCCAAGGGCCUGGGGUUGGUCAGCCGCCAGCUUUGCAGCCAGCGGUGCUGGAGGAGAGGCGCGGAGGUGGCGCCAAGGGGCUUCUAUUUUGGAGCAGGAGGCCCUGCGCCGCCGGAGGGGCGGCUACUCCCGGCACCGGUGCGAGAAGAGGACGAAGGACCCAGAAGCCGAGACGCGGCGCCGCUGCGGGACCUGCACCGCGACGAGGUCUGACCUCGGGCCCCGCGCGGCGGGCGGCGUCUGGCUCCGGCUGCGGGCGGUGGCGGCUCUGCGCGCGGCGCGCCGGGUCCACUUUCUCCCGAGCUUCCGUGCCCUCCGGAAUUGCGAGUGCAGCCGCCACCGUUUGCUCGCUCGGCUGGCUGCCUGCCUUCCUGUCGCCUCCUCGGUUCUCGGGCCUGGCCUCUCCCCGCGCAGGUGCUGCGGAGCGCAGCGAGGAGCGCGGCGCAACAGGGGUGUCCCAGGCAGGGCGCGAGGGGCUCACGGUCGGGUGCGCACGGCGCGGGGCCGGCCCAUGAGGCUUCCCGACCCCGGACGCGGGAACGCGGGCCGGCCAUGGGGGGCAGCCUGCGAGUGGCUGUUCUGGGUGCUCCGGGAGUGGGCAAGACGGCCAUCAUCCGCCAGUUCUUGUUUGGUGACUAUCCGGAGCGCCACCGACCCACGGACGGUCCCCGCCUCUACCGGCCCGCUGUGCUGCUCGAUGGCGCCGUCUACGACUUGAGUAUCCGCGAUGGCGAUGUCGCUGACCCUGGUUCGAGCCCCAGAGGUUUGGAGGAGUGCCCGGACCCUAAAGAUUGGAGCUUGCAGGACACAGACGCCUUUGUACUUGUCUACGACAUCUGCAGCCUUGACAGUUUCGAUUACGUGAAAGUCCUGCGGCAGCGCAUCGCAGACAACAGGCCGGCAGGUGCACCAGAGGCACCCAUCCUGGUGGUAGGCAACAAGCGGGACCGUCAGCGGCUGCGCUUCGGACCUCGGCGUGCGCUGGCCACUCUAGUGCGCAGGGGCUGGCGCUGCGGCUACCUUGAGUGUUCUGCCAAAUACAACUGGCACGUGCUGCGUCUGUUCCGGGAGCUUCUCCGUUGUGCUCUGGUGCGUGCACGUCCUGCACAUCCGGCUCUGCGCCUGCAGGGGGCGCUGCAUCCAGCGCGCUGCAGCCUCAUGUGACUGAAUUGGACGAGAUUGGCCAACCUCAUUCGGAUUGGACCCGUAAAGCACCCGCCCAAUCUUGAAGGGUGGCAGGCUGCUCUUUGAACUUCACUGGACCCAGCCAACCACUAAUCUUAUUGGACGAGAUCAGUCCUUUCUGGGACUUUACUGGGUCACAAUCUCAUUGGAUGGAAAGGACUUGAAUAUGAAUCUGAUUGGAAACACCCAGAUUGCUCCUGAUGCUUCACUGGAGGAGACUUUUAAAAUCAUGCCUCAUGAGGUAAUAAAAAACAAUUCAAGUGAACCUAGGGCUUCUUCUGCAUAGGCAGGUCAGAGCCCUCAGGCUUGGCCCCCUGGCAGUUAACUCCAGAAUCCC